UUGUUAACCCGGAAGACAACACACCUUCUCAAAAUUCCUACGAGUUAUUGCUUAGGCAAAGUGGCCUUGGCACUUGUCCUGUGCCUUGGCUUCGGCAUCAUCAGUCAACCCGGCACGGACGCCAAAGCGAAACACCCUCCAAUCCCAUCUCCUCUCUUCCUUCUUCCCUCCAAAUACCCUAAAUGCUGCCCCCCACAUUUUUAUUUGAAACGGAAUUAUUGAAAAACAAAGUCAACCCCAGAUCAUUAAAAAGGAAAAAAAAUCAUUGGUCUUUCUCGAUUGUUGGGUCUUUGAGAUAUGUCGUCGGAGAUCGAGGUGGUGGAGGAGACUGUACCUUUGAAGCAAUUGAGUGGCGCUGUAGCGAAUGGAAAUGAAUAUGGGGGAGGGCAUCAUGGGGUUGUUGGUGAUGUUGCUGAUGAUGAGAGCUUGAAGAACGAUGUCUAUACCGCUGCUGCUUAUGGGGAUUUGGAGAAACUUCAGAGGUUGGUUGAGUCCGAGGGUUGCUCUCUUUCCGAGCCUGAUGGCCUUGGUUACUAUGCCCUCCAGUGGGCUGCUUUGAAUAAUAGAACCGCAGCUGCUCAGUACAUCAUCGAGCAUGGUGGAGAUGUGCAUGCGGUGGAUCAUAAUGGACAGACAGCCUUGCACUGGAGUGCAGUCCGUGGUGCAGUACAGGUUGCUGAGGUUUUACUCCAAGAGGGUGCUCGUGUUGAUGCUGCUGAGAUCUAUGGUUACCAGAUUACACAUGUUGCUGCCCAAUAUGGUCAGACUUCUUUUCUCUAUCAUGUUGUUUCGAAAUGGAAUGCUGACCCUGACCUUCCUGAUAACGAUGGGCGAAGCCCUUUACACUGGGCUGCCUAUAAAGGUUUUUCCGAUUGCAUUCGUCUUCUUUUAUUUCUUGAUGCACAUAGAGGGCGUCAGGACAAGGAGGGUUGCACUCCUCUCCAUUGGGCAGCUAUCAGGGGUAAUCUUGAGGCUUGCACAGUCUUAGUACAGGCUGGCAAGAUGGAGGACUUGACGGUCACUGAUAAUAGUGGCCUUACACCUGAACAGCUCGCUUCUGAAAAAAAUCAUAGACAAGUUGCUUUUUUCCUUGCAAAUGCUAGAAGGCUGCUUGAAAAACGAUGUGAUGGGAAUAGCCGUCUUGGACGAUUUACAAGAUUAAGACUUGCACCAUUUCUUUGGUGCAUUAUCUUGCUACUAUUAGCGACCUAUAUUCAAUCUGUCAUAAUGGAUGCAAAUCUGCCAAAGUUGACGGCUGGAUUUAGCUUCAUGGCUUGGUUUGGUGUUAUCCUGGCAUCUACUGGUUUAGUUAUGUUUUAUAGGUGUAGCAGCAAAGAUCCCGGUUACAUCAAGAUGAAUGUCCAUGACCCUAUGAAUAUGAAAGAUGAUGAACCCUUACUGAAGAUUGAGACAAAUAAUCCUUCUUUGCUAGCUGGAAAUUGGUCUCAACUUUGUGCGACAUGCAAGAUUGUUAGGCCUCUUCGUGCAAAACACUGCUCCACUUGUGAUCGUUGUGUUGAACAGUUUGACCAUCAUUGCCCUUGGGUAUCAAAUUGUGUUGGAAAGAGAAACAAAUGGGACUUUAUUCUUUUCCUUGUUUUAGAGGUUUCGGCGAUGCUGAUUACUAGUGGAGUUACUAUUGCAAGAAUUGUGAAGGAUCCAUCAGCUCCCUCAUCAUUUUUCCCAUGGAUGAACUAUGCUGUUUCUCACCAUGUUGGUGCUAUAUCCUUUUUGAUUGUAAAUUUUUUCCUCUUCUUUGGUGUGGCAGCCUUGACCGUUAUACAGGCUUCUCAGAUAUCUCGCAAUAUAACAACAAAUGAAAUGGCAAAUGUCAUGCGCUAUAGCUACCUCAAGGGUCCUGGUGGUCGAUUUAGAAAUCCAUAUGAUCAUGGAUGCUGGAAGAACUGCUCAGAUUUCCUGAUCAAAGGCUACAACGAAGACAUUCAGGUUAUUGAAGAUGCAGCACAUUCUGAAGGUAUUGGGAUGGUCCAAAUGACUAGGGAAAAUGGUAGUCUUGGGAACAAAAACGGCCAUAUUGCUAUAAAUGUGAAUUCUAGCAAAACCAAUACACAUCAAGGGCAUCUUCACUCUUCCCAGUGCACCUAUAGUAAGUCGGAAACCGAGAGUGGGACUGUGGGGUUGGGUCAUGGUAGUGGACGGAGCAGUGCAUAUUCAGUGUGAGUCAAAACAAACUGAUAUGCAUAUUGUAUGUAUUAUAAGCAUACAUACAAUUUCAGCUUUUGUUUUGUUAAUCUACGGGUUUGCUUCAUUUUUU